CUUCAGUCAGAUGGCCAGUCAGGUGGCUUCGUUCAUUUUGACACCGGUUUUCAACGACUGAAAUACAGUUUCCAACGAAUGCUCUUGAGGUUUACGGUACGUCUACCUAGGAUGUAUUCCAUUGAAGUUAUAUCUUCCAUACCUGCGGUGUUGUCGACCUGUGGUGAUGUGUGGGCAAAGUCCAGCGAAAUCCAAAGAGGAUAGGAUUGGCCAAGUCAACGAACCCAAAAAUUCAACAGUCGUUAACCGUCAUUCGUGAUCAACUGUGAACGUGAAAAAUCACUCAUCGUACAUCCUUAGCACCGUUCUGAGACUGGUUACGACAAUGGGUUACCUAAAGUCUAUAGGAACCACAUUCAUCUAUAUUGGAUUAUUUCUGGCGCUCAUCACUUUUCUACCUGGCCUACCACCAGAUGCACAGUUUGCUGAAUACAAUAUAUCGCCACCUCAGCAGUUCCUAACGGAUGCUCUGAAAUUGAACAACAGACUGGAUGAUGCCGAAAUUCUGUUUGAAGGGAAACUAAAGGGCCCUGAAUCUUUUACCUCACGUAACGGGGAAUUGUUCACCACCUUGCAUGGAGGCGACAUUGUUAAGAUUAUAGGGCAUCAUAUUGUACCUAUCGCCAAGUUUGGUAGACCGUGCGAUGGAGUCUGGAUGGAAAAAGAAUGUGGUCGACCCUUAGGUUUACAAUUUGACAAAAACGGAAUAUUGUACGUUGCCGAUCCUUAUAACGGUAUCUUUAAGGUAGAUGUCAUGACAGGAGAGUAUGAUAUGAUCGUUGAUAUUUCAAAGCCGAUAGAGGGUAAGUUACCCAUCCUCGCCAAUAGCUUGGACAUUGCCGCGAAUGGAGACAUAUACUGGACCGACUCGUCCCAAGAUUUUAUCCUUCAGGACGGUGUUUACACAUGUCUGGCAAAUCCAUCUGGCAGGUUAAUCAAGUAUGAUUCAUCGACCAAGCGGAAUACUGUACUGGUCGCAAACCUUGGCUUUGCUAAUGGAGUCAAGCUGAGUAAGGAUGAGAGCUUUGUAGUGGUAGCUGAGACAAUGACAUCUCGCCUGUCAAAAUUUCAUCUCAAAGGAGAUAAGGCUGGCACUGCGGAAAUCUUUAUACAAGGCCUUCCUGGUUUGCCAGACAACAUCCAUACGGACGGAGGGGAUGGAUUUUUGGUCAGCCUGAUAGUUACUGCUGAUGCUGAUCAUCCCAUCCUCGUCCAAUCCUUAGCACCCCAUCCGUAUAUCAGAAAAAUGCUAGCUAGGAUCCUCUACUUACUAGAAGCCCCGUUCAAGCUUGUCGAGGACGCUUAUCCAAAUUAUUAUACUAAGAGAGCUGUGCAUUGGAUCGGCCAUUUUGAAAGUGUUAAAUUUCUACAGCAUGAAAGCGUUGCUGUGCUCAGAAUCGGCUUUGAUGGUAAGAUCAUAGACGUUUUAUACACUAGCGAUGGCAAAAUCAGCGGAAUAAGUUCAGCAUACAUAUUAAAAGAUUAUUUAUACCUUGGUUCACCAUACAACGAAUAUCUGGCCAGGGUGCCAUUGAAACGGGCAUUUCCAGCUAUGAAAAUUGAAUUAAACAAUGUUGCCGAUAACGUAGUCGAACGGCAAGACGCGAAAUCUCCACCAAAAUCUAUCGGAGAUUCUAAGCUGACCGGUUCAGCUGCUGCGCCUGUCGCGAGUGGAACACCAAAGCCAAAACCAGCACCGUCUAGAAGAAAACCAACGCAGGUACCUACCCAACAACAGGUUAACGUCGACCCGCCAACCCAGCAGCAGAAGCCUGUGACUGAUUCUCCGACAAAUCAGCAACAGCAGGCUGUCACUACAGAUACGCCAACUCGGCAACAGCAGCCCAUAUCUACAGUUUCGCCACCCCGGCAACAGCAGCCUGUCACUGUUACUCCAACGAAGCGGCAAGAACAACAGCAGCAACAAAAAGCGACAUCGAACCCAACGAGUGCAGGGAAGGAAAUGAGGCCCGAAUCAGUGAAGGUAGUUCCUGCGCCUCAGCCUGCACAACCCUCACCCAAUGUGUCCAAAGUGUCAGUGGAAGGAGGGAGUGAAAGUAGGGAACGUGUGAAACCUGGUACCGGACAAAAUCCAAACGUAGGUCAGCAGGCAAGAGUAAGACCGACUCCGCAACCGGCAUUUACGAAGCAAUCAACAACGCAUCCCCAUCAAGGGGCAACAGAAAAUCUGAGUAACGCUCAAAAACAGUCACCUCAGCCCGCGCCAGUAACCGGUCGAAACAACUAAGGCAACGAUACGAAACCUUAUGAACAAACGGUCAAACCACCGACUGCUCCUACCCUGUCAUCACGAAGCGAAUGAUACCGCAGGGUGACAAACGGCCGUCUGUGUCACUCUUCAAGCCCUUUGAGAUAAUAAUAACAAUAUCCGGGUCUUCUAGCGACAUUUUGCUGUGUGAUUAUCGUUUAAAUGGCAACGUUCGUAUACAGAUCUACACCAGUGAAAGUAUACUAACGACUACAAACUGGUGUACCGAAACGCCGAAUUCAAUUCGUCCAAAAAAUGUCGCCGUCAGGCAACGGCGAUAAGAAAUCGCUUUCUUAUAGAUCUAAUAACGGCAUACCAAAAGAUUGGUAUCUCUUGUUCCAUCUUCACUGUCGGAAUUGUAUCGCUAGCUUCGCUAAUACACUGAUUCCGCGCCCUCAAUCCCUGUGUGUACGAUCCGAGAACUCUGUCGUAGAACGGGUAGGUAUUUAACAGUGUUCAACCAAUGGAAACAGUGAUAAUCUGAAGAAACUGGGAACUGUGACAAAAUUCUAGGAUCGGCGCGGAUGCAUGUUAUCAGACGUUAAACGAGGUUGACGUUAUACUACACAUGAUGCUGAGCGGUACCAAAUUUCUGAUCGCGCUACGACUGGGAGUACGUGUUCGUUGGUUCCGGCUUAGUGGUUUUCCACAUUCAAUCAAUAUUUCAUAACAUCUAGCUACACCACAAUAAUCACUGUCUUCAUUUUUAAUUUUAGAAUGAUACUUUUUCACUAAUAAAGAUGGGUUUCGUUUGUUUUUUUAUUUAUUUUUUUUUUUUUUCUAAUGGGGGCAGAAUUAGUAGCAGCAGCAGCAACAGCGGUGUGAAUAAUUAGUAACCAUAAUAUUAGUAGAAUUAGUAUAUGAAAAAGUAAUGUUACUACCAACAGUGCGCUACGACUAUUCUCGUAAUUCCUGGUGUAAUCACAAAAUUUGGCGUUAUAUAUGCUCCUAUAACGCUUUCACUGAACUUUGAAUAUCCCGUGUACAGAAUGAGUUCAAGCUAUCUCAUAUCAAUGAACUGAAAGAUUUUCUCGUGCAUCGAAAUACGCGACGAAUUAAUUAUACUGGGACCUUACAUUCCCAACCACAUUUCAAAUGCUCAAUGGCUCAAAGCUCAUGCAAGGCACAACUGUCCGCUGCCAACAUAUAAGGAUAAUAGUAAACUUGAAUUGUCGUAUUUGUGGCGCAACAUCACUCAUGCGUCAUCAGACGCUCGGGUGCGCCAACUCGGAGAAUUAAAACUUAACGUACCGAAUAUAACAUAUUAGAUGCACACUAUGAACAUUCCGUCAUUAUCUCUCAUUUACAAGCUGUUGUCAUUUUUACUGUUGUUAUUGCUAGUGUUGUUACUAUUAUCGUCAUCGUCAUCAUCAUCAUCAUCAUCAUCAUCAUCAUCAUCGUCAUCGUCAUCAUUAUUAUUGUUACUACUACUACUACUACUACUACUACUACUGUUUUUUUAGGGAUUCUGUAGUGAUGGGCGUAACAAAAUGACGAUUAUCGCAAUGUAAGUCACGCGGUCUUUACGUAUCGGAAACUCUCACGCACAAUCUGAUUUUCAACUUAUCGUAUCUCGAAAUCAGAUAAUUCUUACCAGUUGACCACCUACGUUUCAUAUCGUGCAUUUGUAUGGGGAAAAUAAACCUACAGCGGCAACAUGACAGUGGAUAUUUGUCAAUUGUAUCCUAGGAUAUUCCCAAUGAUCAGCGUUGGACGUUGUGCAUAACAUUGCGUAAGAUAAGCCUAUAUGGUAGCUGUUGUGAUCGAUAACAUUAGCUAUUUUAUUCUUUCUAUAUUCAUUGGCACAUCUAUUCAUCCAUCCGUCUCCACAAGCAUACACAUGAAUGUAUGUAUCUAUUUUCCAUUAUAUGCCACGCGUUGCAGUCACGUUGGUUAUCAUGUCGGUACGAUACAUAUUACUACACCAUACCCGUAGAAAUACUACUAAUUGUAUUGUUUGAGGUGAAUGAACACAUGGGAAUAAAGUGAGGUAAAUUUUUCAUA